GCCGAGGGACUGCUUUGUUUGCCGCUACACUCCGCCAUUGACCCAAGCUUCUCCGUCUCCACCUCAGGCUCUGCAUUCUAGUUUCCCUCCUCCGAGACCUCACCUCUCCAAGCUUAAAGCUAAUCUGGUUGUACUGUAGCCUUCCCGUCCUGUCUGCGCAAAGUCCAAGCCAGGCAACGAGAACAUGGCUUCUCAACCCAACAAGACUCUUCAUCAGCGCCACAAGUCAGCCGGUAACCUGCUCAACAUGGCGACUACGAGCAGCCUCUCCAAGGUUCCGGUCAGACGCGCUGGUACCAGUGAUACUGGCGUCGGAGUGAGGAACAGUAGCCUCUCUACCGAGACUAUUGCUCGGGAACAGGAGAAUCGAGGCUUCGCCAACCCCAAGGAGGCGUUCCUCCGCCCUGCGCAACGUCCCCCCAACAAGUCUGUCGCCCCGUCCGUCACGGCGAACCACCUCAAAACCACAAACCAGUCGCUACCUCCGCCUCGACAGCUAGGCGCUUCCAAGCGACGGACGCCUCUCGUCGUCUUCAAUGACGGCCAAACUAACAAGGAGAACCAAGGCGGCAACCCAAAGGGGGCUAAGCUGAUCGCUCAGUCGUCCUCUGACAAGGCCGUCCUCGUUUCCACGACUACCAAGGAUAAUAACUCUCAGCCGCAGAGCACAGAGCUUGAGCAGGAUUGGGUGACGGUCAACACGGAGCAGGCCCUCACGGAGACUGUCCAGACAAAUAUGGCUUCGGCGGCUGGCGAGGAGAUCCCCGAAGCGCUUUACCUAGAUGCUGUCGAGGAGCUGUCCGCCGAGAAGUACCCUGUUGUGGAAUUAGAGAAGCUAGAUGUCUCUCCUAUGCCUUCGCCGGACGUUACAUCCACUCACCAGCGUCCACCAGUCGACCCCGCGGAUUAUGACGCUAUGAAGCGCCUGUCCGCUUCGAUCUUCAAAAGAUCCGGGCACCCUAUACCUCCCGACCUCCUCAAAUAUGCCGAUCUGUCGGACUGCGAGGACGAGGACUAUUACGACGAACAGGGUUAUACCACGGCUCAUUCUUACCGAUCGCGCGGUGAUUAUACUACAGGCGGUGCGACCACGGUCAUGCUGCCCCCAGAGCUGACCAAGAAGGGCGAGGCAGAGCUCGAAGCUGCCCGAGAGAUCGUCGAGAGCAAGCGUAUUGCCGAGGAGGACGAAGAGGAUGAGUUGUUCGAUAUCAGCAUGGUGACUGAGUAUGGAGACGAGAUCUUCCAGUACAUGAGAGAAAUCGAGAUGACUUUAUUGCCCGACCCUCGCUACAUGGACACGCAAACCGAGCUUCAGUGGUCCAUGCGAGCCGUCCUCAUGGACUGGGUAAUCCAGGUCCAUACUCGUUUCGGACUUCUGCCCGAGACCCUGUUCUCGGCCGUCAACUUCAUCGACCGGUUUCUUUCCGUGAAGAUAGUAUCCCUAGGAAAGUUGCAGCUUGUCGGUGCCACCGCGCUCUUCCUUGCGGCGAAGUACGAGGAGAUUAAUUGUCCCUCGGUCCAAGAGGUCGUCUAUAUGGUUGACGGAGCGUACACCUUCGACGAGAUCCUAAAGGCAGAGCGUUUCAUGCUUAGCAUGCUUGACUUCGCGCUGGGUUGGCCGGGCCCGAUGAGCUUCUUGCGACGGAUCAGCAAGGCCGACAAGUACGACAACGAGAUCCGAACCGUGGCCAAGUACUUCCUCGAAGUUGCCCUUAUGGAUGAGCGCUUCGUCGCGAGUCCUCCCAGCUACGUCGCCGCCGGCUCCCAUUGCCUGUCCCGCAUGGUGCUCGGCAAAGGAGACUGGACCCCCGAACACGUCCACUACUCUGGAUACACUUACACCCAACUAAAGCCUUUCGUCGCUAUGAUACUGGAAUGCUGUCGGGAUCCUCGAAAACAUCACCACGCCGUCUUCGAGAAGUACAAGGUUAACCAGUUCCGACGCGCAUCUACCUAUGUUGAGCAGAAGUUACUCGGCGGCUUCCGCCUCCCGUUUCAGAAGACCAUCGCGUACCAUUCCGCCGGCGACUGGGACGACGAGGUGUCGCUAUCAGGCUCUGCGGUGCACCAUCCCCUAAGGAUGCCGAUUCCCCUCUUAGGUUGACGCGCUCAUCUGCGCGAUCGCGAGGGUUCUCUUCUCAAUCUCGUGUUUCUACGUGCAUUCGGAGGCCAUGCCAUUGUCGUGUCGGAGAGGUAACGCCGACCUGUCUCUCGUACGGAGGCCUACCCCUCGUCAUACUCCGGCGAGGGCUAAUUCCCGGAGCCCCUAAUAUUCUGGCAUGGAUAUGCCUUGUCGAUGACGCCGCAUGAGGCCUACGAGAUUCAUGAUCCGAUGGUUUGAUAUGCGGUACACUUUUGCUUUCUUCACGCGGCGUUUGUGGUAAUUAUCGCAACCUAGGUAGGGGGGCCAGUAUUGCGGGCAGG